AUGGGGCUUCUCAAACAGACCUGGACAUUGACACGUAAGAACCUUCUGAUCGCCUUCAAUCGUCAUGCCUUUAGUACCAGUAUCCGUGCCUUCAUCCUCCCUGUGGCCUUUAUGAUAUUCUUGAGCUAUGCCCGGAAUAUCUUCGUACCUCCUUCGAAUUAUGGCAUCGGCUCCCCACGUCCCAUUCGCACGCUGGCAGAAGGAAUCAGGGCGGGAGGAGCUGGAAGAGAGACAUUGGCAUUUGUGAAUAAUGGUCUAGCAGGAGGAGAUAUCGACCGGGUCAUCGAUGCUCUGGUACAAGAUGCAUCCAGCGCUGGAGCAAAGGUCGCACGACUAAGCACCGGAGAGGAACUGCUGGAUACCUGCAGAAGCAGUCUGCGAGGCGCAACGGAAUGUUAUGGCGCCGUGGUUUUUCAUGCUUCACCAAGCGAAGGAAAUGGGGGUCUCUGGAACUAUACGCUGAGGGCAGAUGGUGCCUUUGGAGAGAGGAUAUAUGUUGAACGAAGCACGAACGAUGCGCAGAUAUACCUCCUUCCCCUCCAACGAGCCGUGGACUAUGCGAUCGCAGGAUUGAACAGCACAACCGGCCAAGCAUCUCUUCCCCAGACGGUCCUUGAAUAUCCAUACACUAGCAUAUCACAGAAGCAAAGAGAAACGAAUAUUCGGGUCAACUACCAAAGCGGAAUCAUCAACAUCCUGGCGGUUGCAUUUCUGAUCGGGAUGGUGGGAAUCACGUACCACCUAACAGGAUUUAUUGCCUCGGAAAGAGAGUUAGGAAUGUCGCAACUGAUCGAAGCUAUGAUGCCCAAUCUGAAGAGAUGGCAGCCACAAGUUGCUCGAAUUCUGUCCUAUCAUCUUGCAUUCGAUAUCAUCUACAUUCCAGGUUGGAUCAUAAUGCCAAUCGUCCUGGGCGUCGGCGUAUUUGCCGAAACAUCGAUGGCUAUAGUAAUCAUCUACCAUGUCCUGGCUGGUUUGUCUCUUGCCUCCUGGUCAAUCCUCGGCGCAUCUUUCUUUAAGAAAGCGCAGCUUAGUGGCAUAUCCAUGGCUUUGAUCACCUUGUUACUUGGUGUUCUUGUACAAGUACUCAAGUUCAAAGGUAAUGGAUCCGUUGCAAUCCUGUCACUCCUUUUCGUGCCAUGUAACUAUAUUUUCUUUCUGACUUUCAUGGCGAGAUAUGAACGCCGAGAAAUGGCGACGAACCUCUUCAAGGCUGCCCCAAGGAAUCCAUGGACUCUACCAGGAAUCGCACUCUUGGUGUUUCUCAUCAUUCAGAUUUUCGCAUACCCAAUUCUUGGCGCCAUAGUGGAACGAUAUCUCUAUGGGACUGCAUCAAAAGGACGUUCUGUCACCCAAGGCCUGGGAUCGGAUGGCGAGUCUUCUUCAGAGACUGUCCAGUUGGACAGAUUUACAAAGCACUAUCGUCCAAACUGGUUCCGCCGGAAAUUUGCUAGAUUUACCAAAACCCCGACCGCUACCGUUGUCGCUGUGGACAAGUUGACUCUACAUGCAAGGAAAGGUCAGAUAAGCGUCCUCCUUGGUGCAAACGGAAGUGGAAAGAGCACGACUCUUGAUGCCAUUGCUGGAUUGAAUAAAGUUACAGGUGGGACCAUCAAGGUUGACGGCACGGGCGGGCUUGGUAUUGCACCUCAGAAGAAUGUUCUCUGGGACGAGUUGACUGUAGAGGAGCACAUCCGGGUCUUCAAUCAGCUGAAGACUACUGGUAGCAGAGAUUCCAAGGAUACCAUACGCAGUUUCAUUGCGGCGAUUGAUCUUGAUCGAAAGAUUAAUGCAAAGGCAAAGACCCUUAGUGGAGGUCAGAAGCGGAAAUUGCAGCUUGGAAUGAUGUUUACCGGCGGCAGCUCUGUUUGUUGUGUGGAUGAAGUCAGUAGUGGACUGGAUCCAUUGAGUCGUCGCAAGAUCUGGGAUAUCCUUCUGGCCGAGCGAGGUGCCCGAACCAUCAUUCUCACGACUCACUUCCUGGACGAAGCCGACCUCCUCUCUGAUCAAAUUGCUAUUCUUUCCAAAGGAACACUUCGAGCCCAAGGCUCAUCCGUCGAGUUGAAGAAUCGUCUUGGAGGUGGAUACCGAAUUCAUCUUCAAACAGGUCCUGGUCACGAAAAGGCUCCGGAGAUGGAAGGCGUGGAGUCACAUAAGACUUUCGGUCAGACAAUGUACUCGGCUCCCACAUCUUCGCAGGCAGCACAGAUUAUACGUAAAUUGGAGGCAGAUGGCUUGUCAGACUACCAACUUUCGGGGCCAACCAUAGAAGAUGUGUUCUUGCACCUAGCUGACGAAGUGAAGUCUGAGAGUUCAAGCAGUGUCGAUCGGCAAGUUUCUCCCGCCAUUUCAAACGAGAAGACUGUUGCCGCCGCUGUUCAGCCCGAAACUGGCCGCAUCCUAGACCUCCACACCGGAAAGAGCAUUGGAUUCUUCCGACAAGCAUGGGUCUUGUUCAGGAAGAGAUACACAAUUCUGCGCCGAAACUAUUUACCAUACGUUGCUGCUCUCCUUCUCCCCAUCAUCGCUGCUGGACUUGUUACCUUGUUUCUCAAAGACUUUGCCCCAAUUGGUUGCUCUCCUGAACAAGCUGUUUCGCUCUCAGAUGUCGAGACACUAUUUUCUCAACAAAAGUAUAACUUGCUUGUUGGGCCAUCGUCAAGAUUUUCAAAUACCACGCUCACAUCACUUUAUGGGCCACUUCUACCGUUCGUCCCUCCUCAAAAUAUGAUACAACAGAGUCUCCAUAUGGUGGAUUCGCUUGCAGACUUCAACAACUACAUUGACAGGAAUUAUGCGAAUGUUACUCCUGCCGGUUUUUUCAUCGGCUCGGGCAACUCUGAAACCACUUUGGCAUACAAGGGUAACGGGAACAUUUACACUGCGAUCUUUGGUCAGAAUAUCAUGGAUGUCGCCAUCACUAAUAUCAGCAUCGGGACACAGUAUGCUUCUUUCGAUAUUCCUUGGGCUCCAAGAACAGGAAAGACCCUUCAACUUGUUGUGUACUUCGGACUGGCCAUGGCCGCUUACCCAGGAUUCUUUUCUCUAUACCCCACUAUUGAACGUACCAGGAAUAUUCGAGGGUUGGAAUACUCGAAUGGUGUAAGAUCUCUGCCACUUUGGCUUGCAUACCUGACAUUUGACUUUCUAAUUGUUCUGGUCUCGAGCGCUCUGAGUGUCAUCAUCUUCGCCACAUCGUCAUCUGCGUGGUACCACGUCGGAUAUCUCUUCGUCAUCUUUAUGCUAUACGGCAUGGCUUCAAUUUUGCUCGCAUACGUGGUAUCGUUGUUCGCCCGAACUCAGCUGGCAGCGUAUGCAAUUGCAGCAGCUGGCCAAGCUGUCUUCUUUCUUGGAUACCUUGUUGCUUACCUCUGUACGCUGACAUAUGCUCCUGUCAAUAGAAUUGAUGAUUAUCUCCUUGUUGUACACUUCGUUGUGUCUCUCGUUACCCCUAUGGGAAGUCUCAUAAGGACCUUGUUCGUGGCUCUUAAUAUCUUUUCCACGACCUGCGAUGGAAAGCAGAUUGCCUCGAACCCCGGUGGCAUGCUUCAGUAUGGUGGUCCAAUCCUCUACCUCAUUGUACAAGUCUUUGUUUUGUUUGGAGUUCUUCUUUGGUACGACUCUGGAUCGGUCUUGGCUUGGUAUCGUCGACUUCGCAAAUCUCCUAUGCCAGAACAAUCGGAUCCGGUAUCAGAUGAGGAGAUCGCAGAGGAAUUAGCACGAGUCAGCAGCUCGAAUGACGGUCUGCGGGUUCUCAAUCUCACCAAGUCUUUCGGCCCCGUCACAGCUGUGGAUAACCUUACCUUCGGAAUUAGGCGUGGAGAAGUGUUUGCUCUUCUUGGGCCCAAUGGUGCUGGGAAGUCAACAACGAUCUCUCUGAUCCGGGGAGACAUUCAGCCAUCGAAGAAUGGUGGAAACAUUAUCGUCGAGAACAUCGAAAUCAACAAACAUCGUGCUCAGGCACGUUCCCAUCUUGGCGUGUGCCCACAGUACGAUGCCAUGGAUCAGAUGACUGUUGUCGAGCAUCUGCAAUUCUAUGCUCGAGUUCGUGGAGUUCCUGAUAUCGAGCAUAACGUUCGAGAAGUUAUCAGAGCUGUUGGUCUCGAAUCUUUCUCUUCGCGCAUGGCAGCAAAGCUGUCUGGCGGAAACAAGAGGAAGUUGUCGUUGGGGAUCGCUCUCAUCGGAAAUCCUACCGUGCUACUUCUUGACGAGCCUAGUUCUGGUAUGGAUGCUGCAGCCAAAAGAGUGAUGUGGAAGACACUUGCCGCCGUUGUGCCUGGCAGAUCACUUCUCCUCACGACACACAGUAUGGAAGAGGCAGAUGCUCUUGCUGAUCGUGCUGGCAUCAUGGCCAAGAGGAUGCUUGCCAUGGGUACAACUGAUGGUCUGAGACAGAAGCACGGCGAUGCGUAUUACAUUCAUCUUGUGAUAAAGACAGCACCACAUACUGCACCGGAAGAGAUCGAGGUGGUCAAAGCAUGGAUCAUGAACCAAUUCCCGCAAGCUGAUAUUGAGGACCAGACAUACCAUGGCCAGAUCAGAUUCUCUGUGCCGAAGACAGCGAGUGAUGAUGAGAUGAAGGAAGAGAAGGAUGGUGUGGGGUCUCUGAUCAUGAUCCUUGAGGAUCGACGCGAGGAGUUGGGGUUGGAGCAUUAUUCUGUGAGCCCGACGACACUGGACCAGGUGUUUUUGUCUAUUGUCCAGAAGCAUAAUGUAGAAGAGGAAGGAUAUACGAAGUCGACUAAUGGAGGACGGGGUUUCGUUCGUUCUCAAGUUAGUGCCUUUGGCAGUAAGAUCAGACACUACCGUAGACCUUAG